AUGAGUGUUGCCAACGUAACGAACAGUGAUAACGACGAACGUGGGAAUAUUCGAGUUGAGUACGUGCCACUUAGCAGUAGUUGGCGUACGGUCCGCCAGAGGCCACCGGCAGCGUUUGGAUUAGACGGCAGACGUCGUCCUUUUCGAUUUAAAAUGGCAAUAAACCAAUUUGUUUUGAUGUUUUCUUCGUUUUCCCGUUUAAACAAACGUCGUUCGACUUUUGGAUAUUCACGCCGACCGUCAACGGUGAUGCCGGAUCGUCGUUGCUGA